UCCUCCUCUUCUUCUUCUUCUUUGUGAUUUGUUAACUCACACUCCCACUCUCUCAUCUCUCUCUAUAUAUACACUCCUAUAUUUCCUAUCCUUUCUUAUUCUUCUCUUCUUCACUCUUCGGGAAUCACCAUCCACAGUUUACAAAGGGAGUGCCUUUAAUGGCCAAUCUCACGCAUUGCAGUGCUGAUCCCUACCCUUACAACUGGAAUUUUUUAUUUAUUUAUGUUUGGUUACAUGGGACAGUAGGGACACCAUGCAGACCUAGGAACAGGGUCCAACCACGGAUACCGGCAAGGGCUUAAUUGGGGUGGACAUGAUCUGAGGAUGCAAAUUCGAAACUUAUAGAAGCAAUCAAACAAGAAACAUGCUUAGUCCUGAAGGAGAAAUAAAAAUAAGUUUUGGCUAUCAGUGCAACAAUAUUGAAAGAGGUGGCAUCCCUUGUGAGGUGGCCAAUCGCCACAAUAUCCUUCCUGAAGUCCGUAGGACAAGCAGUUUCUCGUGCUUGUCAGGAGCGGCCUUAAGCGCAAACGCUACACUCGCCAACACAAACCUCUGCAAUGGUAAGAUAGGAGGUGAAAUUCUUCCAAGUUGGGACUCUCCUAAUUCAUUUCGCAAGGUGCCCUCUUCACCAAGUCUUUCAAAGCUGGAAAGGCUAUCAUCUUCUCUGCCAAGUAGUUUAUCUUACCUAAGUUGUAGUCCUUCCACCUCAAGUGAUAUACUAGAAUAUGACUCCUGCACAUUCAAGUCCAUGAGCGAUCCUACCAGAACUGAAGGUUUUCUUAAUGCUACCGAACUACAAGUGGCAGGAGGAGCUGCUGGUGAAGAUAGAGUUCAAGCGGUAUGUUCUGAAGAGAAUGGAUGGCUCUUUUGUGCAAUUUAUGAUGGCUUUAAUGGUAGAGAUGCAGCUGACUUUCUGGCUGGUACACUCUAUGAUACCAUCAUAUCUCACUUGAACAAGUUAUUUUGGGAAUUUGAGCCAGUUUCCAUGGUAGAAUCUGAAAAUUUGAUAAGUUUGGGUGGAUCCCCUCAAUAUAACUUAGAGCAGAACCACAGCCUUAUUUGUGAAGCAGACCGAUCCCUUUCACACAGGGUACUUGAUAGCCUCCAAUGUGCUCUUACUCAAGCUGAGAAUGAUUUCUUGUACAUGGUUGAGCAGGAAAUGGAGGAUCGUCCAGAUUUAGUUUCAAUUGGAUCUUGUGUUUUAGUUGUGCUUCUUCAUGGUAAUGAUUUGUAUACACUUAAUCUAGGUGACAGCAGAGCAGUAUUGGCAACAUGCAGUCGUGGCGAUGGAAUACUCAAGGCUAUCCAGCUUACUGAUAGCCAUACCGUCGACAAUGAAGCCGAAAGAGCUACACUUGUAGCCAAUCAUCUUGAUGAUCCCAAGGUUGUUGUAGCAGGAAAGGUGAAAGGGAAGCUCAAGGUUACUCGCGCCUUUGGAGUCGGCUACUUGAAAAAAAGAAAUCUCAAUGAUGCUUUGAUGGGAAUCCUUCGAGUGCGUGAUCUAACAAGCCCUCCGUAUAUUUCCACUCAACCAUCACUGAAUGUCCAUAAAAUCUCGAAUUCUGAUCAAUUUGUUGUGGUAGGGAGUGAUGGUUUAUUCGACUUCUUCAGCAACGUUGAGGCAGUAAAGCUUGUUGAGUCUUAUAUCUUGAGCAACCCUUUGGGCGAUCCGGCAAAGUUUCUCAUAGAAGAGCUUGUAGCUAGAGCAGCUCAUUCUGCAGGUCAAUUUUUCUCCAUCUUUUACUAAAUUAACACUUACAGACUUUUUGUAUAUC